AUGGCCGAUACCGCCCCUUCUACGCCCUCCCGCGCUGUGUCGCGCCCCGUCAGCGAGGCUCUUCUGAACGAGAAGUGGGACCGCUGCCUCUCCAACCUCAUAAUCAAGUCCUCUCUCGGCCUCGGUUUCGGCGUCGUUUUCUCCGUUCUCAUUUUCAAGCGGAGAGCGUGGCCCGCGUUUGUCGGUGUUGGUUUCGGCGCGGGGCGGGCGUACGAGGAGUGCAACUACAGCCUGAAGGCGGCGGCACGGGACAUCAGGAAGCAGGCAUGA